AUGCAACCUCCGCCGAUAGUCUAUCAACAACCUCCGUCGACGAUGUAUCAAUCGCCUCCGCCGACGAUGUAUCCGUCGACGAUGUAUCAACAACCUCAGCCGACGAUAUAUCGACAACCUCCGCCUGUAAAUACGCAUGUUCCGCUACAGACUUUACCACCACAAACCUACUCCCCAAUAAAUCAACCAUAUAUCCCUUCAAUAAUCAGUCCAAAUCGAAGUACUGUUUUAAUUCCAGAGCCAUACGAUAUUCCUCCGACUGAAACUACAAAAACCUAUGAACCACCAGAGAAAGACGCAAUCUGUUUAAAUUGUAGUCAAAAUAAGGUAGACACCGAUACCGACGGUUUUCCAAGCGAAUAUUGCAGUGACGAUUGUCGUCGAGAGGCGUUAACAACGGGAUUUUCCAGUCCAUGCAUACAAUGCAAGGAGUUCCCUCGAAUCACGGGGUCCGAAUUUUGUGGAUGGCAGAAGUGCAGAAAUCUACCAAUGUGCUUACAAUGCAAGACUAAUCGCGUUUAUCCGCGUUCCCUUUGGUGUUCGAGGACUUGUCGGGAUCAAACUCCUAAUUGGCAGAAUUUAAUAACCGAAAGAAGUAAUCAACUGUGUUUAAGUUGUAACCGAGAUUAUGCAUUGUCGAGUCAAGACUUUUGCGGGAGUCAAUGUGAGCGCGUGAUCCGGGAAAGAGCGAACGGUCAAAAAUACAGGGACAUCAUGAACCAGUUUAGAAUCGCUUGGAAGCAUCCACAUAAAUCCAUUCCCGAGGUUGAUUCGGUAUGGAAGAUAUAUUGCACCGAAGAUAUUAAUGCUCGUUACAAUAUUUAUCGAGCAGAAGUUGAACAAGAGCAACAAUUGGCUGGAAAACCCUUCCCGAAAGGAGAUGGAAGACGUUUAAUGAGCGCAGGAAAUGAACAAAGACGUUUUCACGGAACAAAAAUGUCAUGUUUUAUUGGUUUAUCAAUUGGAGAGGUUUGCGCCGACAAAUCUUGUUCUGUUUGUUGUAUCAUAAAGGAAGGGUAUAAACUCCGUUACGUGGGGACUGGCACAAUUUCUGCUGCAUUCCAGCGUUUUGGGAGAGGAAUAUAUUUCUCCGGUACCUCUUCAAAAUCAGACGAUUAUAAUGAGGGUUCAUUGAAAAAUCAUUAUGGAACAAAUUACAAAGUGAUGAUAUUAAAUAAAGUUGUAGUAGGUAAAGGGUAUCCGUUAACAAGGGACAACAUGACGUUAACAAGUCCGCCGCCAGGAUAUAAUAGUGUUUUAGGUGAACCUAGUGAUACUGGUAAUCUGAAUUAUGAUGAAGUGGUGGUAUAUAGGGAAGAGGCAUCAAUUCCACAAUACUUGAUUGUCUACAAGGUUGCAUGA